AUGUCCAGGAUAUUUAUUGGUGUAUUAGACAUGGAUAUCUCAAGGCCUGACCACAGGAAAUAUCUGGACCCACAAUGGAUCCCACAGGUAUCCCAAGGGAGCUGGGUAAUUGUGGCCGGCGGGCGGCACGCCAUCAAAGGAUCUCCCUUAUAUCCCAACUCGCCUCUCCAAAUGGGGAGAAAAAGACCAAAACAAAUACUGGAAGCCUAAAUACAGAAAAC